AUGAGAGAUCAGAUGAUGCACCGAGGUCGUUUGCCCAUUCGGUGGAUGUCAAGAGAAGCGUUGGAGGGGCAGCGAUAUGGUGAACCGUCAGAUGUUUGGGCAUUCGGAGUCACACUAUGGGAAAUGUCGAAAACUUGUAAUAAAAUGGCAAGAUUGUUGGGAAUGGAGGUUGCCGACAGUGAAACCGGUGCCCCUUACGAAGAUGAA